UUCUUCUUCUUCCUCACCCCUACAGCUCCGGAAAAAGAAGCCCAAGCACUGACUUCCAUUUCUUGAAAAAAAUCAGCAAAAGCUUAAAAUUUUCCCUUUCUUUUCUUGUUAAAGAGCAAAAUUAGGACUUAGAAAUCUUUCCCCCUGCAGAAAAAUUUCAGAUCUGCUCUGUUUCUCCCCCUUUGUCUGUCCGCUGUCCUGCUGGGUGUGAAUCCUUCGGGAUUUUCGUUUUCAUGAUUUCUUCUCCAGCCUCCGUCGGCCUCCAUACCCGCCAGCUCCGUUUUGGCUGCUGGAAAAAUUCUGGUUCUUGAUCCUUGGGGCACUUUAGUACGUGGAUUGAGUCUUCGGUUUUAUGCGAGGUAAGUAAAUUGUGGCAAUGCCCUUCGAUUUCAAAGCAUGUUUUAAAUUGUUUUUGAAAUGGUGGCAAGGUUUAAAUUGAUUUUGUUAGCACCGAGCAUGAUUGGUUUGAAAUGGAAGUAUUUUCAUUUUCAUUGAGUAGAGCAUGUCUACUUGGAAUUUGCUUAACUGCCGAUGAUUUGAGAAUUUUGUAAAUUCUGAUUUUUCUGUUAAAUCCAUGCCCACAUGGAAUUUUUCUGGUUUAUUUUGAAAUUUGAGAUUGAUUGUGAAUUACAGAUUUUUCUUAAAUCCUGCAUGGUUUUGUCUCUGAUAUGGUCAUGUUAUCCGUGUGCCUACUAGUGGGAGUAAACGCUAGCACAUGUUGACAUGUUUUGUCAUACCCCAAAAAUUUCUAGAAUAAAUAAGUGUGAGUUAGGGACUAACUUGUGAGGAAAUAUUAUUAGUGAACCUAAUGGCAAUUUGUGUUAAAUUCAAUGGGCUUAAAAGGGGAAAGAUUUGGAUAAGGAUCAACUAUUUUUUUUCCUUCUUUCUUCUUCCUCACCCGCGCGCCUGCUCUUCUUUUUCCUCCCCUGCACCGAGCAACAAGACCCAGGCCCCCGAUGCACCUCCCCUCUGAAAACCGGUGAGAAAGCUUGGUUUUUGCCUUUCUUUUCUUGUUCAAGAACCAGAUUUGGAGCUUAGAAACCUCCCCCCUGCAGGAAAUUUUCGGAUUAGCCCUGCUCUGCUCUGUCCUUCCGCCGGCUGCUCUUGCUUGUGGGUGCGAAAUUCCCUGAUUUUUCGAUCCCGAAUUUCCCCCUGCACUGCUGCCGGCUUCUUCCCUCCACCAGCUCCGGUUUUGCUUGCUGGAAAAUUGUGGGAAGCGAAGUCAAGGACGAGGAAAAACGAGAGGAGUGACGAGUUAGAAGAGUUAUCUUAUAGUUUUUCCUUAUCCACCAUUUCAAGAAGCAAAGUCACGGACAGGGAAAAACGAGGGGAGUGACGAGUUAAAAGGCUAGCCAUCUUGUAAAUUGAACAUAGAUUUUAGAUAUAAAUCAUGAUCUUGUAAGUUAGACUUUAUUUGGAGAUUUUAUGAUAUUAGAGCAAAUUUUAGAAUUUUAUCUUCAUACUUAGUGGUAUCAGAUUGUGGUAUGAUAAAGUUUCGAGCCUUGU